CCCUUGGGCGGCGCACUUGAUACGAGUAGUUGCGUAAAUUGUGUAUCCUCCGUUUCUGAACAAAGAGCCAGAGAUGCGCUGCGCCACCUACGGCUUAACACCGUCAAGAAUCGACCUCCCAACAAUCUCCCUUCUUCGCCCUCCUUCCAGCUCCCAGUUCCAACCCGACCCGUUUCCGAAGCUCCGGAUCGCCGCAUCCAUCAGAGUCCAAUCCAAGCCGUCUUCCUUCUACGACCUCCUCGGAAUUCCCGAGACGGGGUCUCUCUCCGACGUCAAGCACGCGUACAAGCAGCUGGCCCGGAAGUAUCACCCGGAUGUCUCGCCGCCGGACCGGGUCGACGACCACACCCGGAGAUUCAUUCGGGUCCAGGAGGCAUACGAGACGCUGUCGGAUCCCGCGAGGAGAGCUCUGUAUGAUAGAGACAUGGCCAAAGGUCUCAACUUCGCCCUCUCCGCUCGUCGGCGUUACUGUGGAGUUGAGUUUAGGCAAUGGAAGAAAAAAGUGAAUGGAGAAAUAGGUGGCAGUCCCAGCUUUCAGAACUAAAGAGAAGAAGCAUGUGUAAAGACGAGUCCAAUGGAUCUUGGGGAGCAACAAUGCGCAGCCAAAGGCGUGAAGCAUCAUCACCUUCCUAAUCUUAAAAUUAAGUUUAUGUUUAGGGCCCGUUUCGUACACGGAAUUGGAAUUGAAUUGGGAGUUGAAAUUCUAUGGAAUUGAUUUGGAUGAAAUUGAAUCCUUCAAUUCCAAUUCAUAGCUUGAAUUUCGUGUACCAAACGGAGUCUUAGCGAAUUUACUAGUGAUUAUGUGUAUAGUCUAUACAACAAGAACAAUAAGAGGCCUAUUUUCAAAUAAGUAAAUAAAACAAUAACACUAAAAUCCCACAAGACCCCGUGUCUUUACACCAACUUUAUGAGGAUGUAGAGAGGCUAUUUCUAAGAGAUCUCGACUAAAAAAAAUAUUUGGUAUGUGU